UCCUCAGUGUCUGUGAACAUCGGAAAAUAUUCUAACAGCAGACAGCUGGCAGUCAGAGAGCCGGGUACUCAGUCUAACGCACUACACACACUCUCAGUCUCGCUCAACUCUCUUACUGGAUCUCCAUCAGCGGGGUCCAGCAUUGAGCAGUUGUAAGGAAAAGAACGAGAAAGAAUAUUCUCAUCAUUCCAUCUUGACCUCAGAAUCGCGCUUUCACUGAUACUAUCAGUUAUCUGUUUUUUACAUGCAGGUAGUGGAAACGCUAAUCUUCAUGGGAAUCUGAGUAGCUUUCGUUUCUUUUGAUAUUGUGAAGCCGAGUUCUUCCUGAUUGCAGCGUAUAAAAGGCAAGACGAUCUCGAGCAGCGGUCUACUACGACUACUGAUUCUAGCUGAAACUCGCUAACAUUUUGGAAAGUAAGGCUUGGGAAGAUCUGGUUGCUGAUCAUUAACAGACAUCAUGCAUCGUCAAAGGGGAUUGUCCUUGUUUUCCUUUAGCUUUCAGUUAGGAAUUGUUAUAGCAGUUUUGCUCUUCAAGAUUCAGCAUGUGACCGCAGAAAGCAAUAAUGGCGAAAAUACUUAUAUGAGUAAUAAAACAAGAUCAUGCACUGGAACAUACGAUUGUAAAGAAGGCGUGAUCUUACCAGUGUGGGAACCCCAGAACCCAUCUAUUGGGGACAAAGUUGCAAGAGCUACUGUCUACUUUGUGGCUAUGGUUUAUAUGUUCCUCGGGGUCUCCAUCAUAGCUGAUCGUUUCAUGGCGUCUAUUGAGGUCAUCACCUCUCAGGAAAAGGAGAUAACCAUUAAGAAACCCAAUGGGGAGACCUCCACCACAACAGUACGGAUUUGGAAUGAGACUGUGUCCAAUUUAACCCUAAUGGCAUUGGGUUCUUCAGCUCCUGAAAUUCUACUGUCAGUCAUUGAAGUGUGUGGCCACAAUUUUGAAGCUGGAGAUCUUGGGCCGAGCACAAUUGUAGGAAGUGCUGCCUUCAAUAUGUUUGUAAUUAUAGGUAUCUGUGUCUAUGUAGUCCCAGAUGGAGAACAUAGAAAGGUUAAACAUUUGAGGGUGUUCUUUGUCACAGCAACUUGGAGCAUCUUUGCCUACACCUGGCUGUAUCUGAUCCUGGAUGUAAUUUCUCCCGGCAUCGUCCAAGUCUGGGAAGGCCUGCUUACUUUGUUUUUCUUCCCCAUUUUUGUUUUGUUUGCUUGGGUUGCAGACAGGAGGCUCUUGUUCUACAAGUAUGUCUAUAAGCGGUACAGAGCUGGGAAACAGAGGGGGGUGAUCAUUGAAACCGAAGGUGACCGGCCACUGCCAUCAAAGGUAGACAUUGAGAUGGAUGGCAAAAUGUUGAACUCCAAUGCUGUGGAUUUCCUAGAUGGAACCCUAGCUCUGGAAGUAGAUGACAAAGACCUAGAUGAAGAGGAAACCAGGAGAGAUAUGGCAAGAAUCCUAAAAGAGCUAAAGCAAAAGCACCCAGAAAAGGAAGUGGAGCAACUGAUAGAGCUAGCCAACUACCAGGUCCUAAGCCAACAACAGAAAAGCCGUGCCUUUUAUCGUAUUCAGGCCACAAGGCUGAUGACCGGUGCUGGGAAUAUCCUGAAGAAGCAUGCUGCAGAUCAAGCAAGAAAAGCCGUCAGUAUGCAAGAGGUUCGACCGGAAGUAGUAGAAAAUGAUCCUGUGACUAAGAUUUUCUUUGAGCCAGGUGUGUACCAGUGUCUUGAAAACUGUGGGACUGUGUCUCUAAAUGUUGUUAGACGAGGUGGUGAUUUGACCAACACUGUGUCCUUGGAAUUCCGAACGGAGGAUGGAUCAGCCAAUGCUGGUUCAGAUUACGAGUUCACUGAGGGGACCCUUGUCUUCAAACCAGGUGAGACACAGAAGGAAAUUAAAGUGGGUAUCAUCGAUGAUGACAUUUUUGAAGAGGACGAGAACUUCUUGGUCCACCUUAGCAAUGUCAAGGUGCAUCUGGAGAAUGCAGCUGAAAACAAUCCAGACACAAAUCAUGUUGAAACACUUGCAUGCUUGGGCAUGCCUUCAACUGCAACUGUGACCAUCUUUGAUGACGACCACGCUGGCAUCUUUACAUUUGAGGACCCCGUGAUGCAUGUGAGCGAGAGUGUAGGUACCAUAGAAGUGAAGGUUCUGAGAACCUCUGGAGCGCGUGGGGUAGUGGUUGUCCCCUACAAGACCACAGAAGGUACAGCCAGAGGUGGUGGAGAGGAUUUUGAAGAUACCCAUGGAGAGCUGGAGUUCCAGAAUGAUGAGAUAUUCAAAAUAAUAAAGAUCAAAGUAAUUGAUGACGAGGAGUAUGAGAAAAACAAGAACUUCUUCGUCGAGGUUGGGGAGCCCCGCCUGGUGGAGAUGAGUGAGAAGAAAGCUUUUUUACUGCAUGAUUUCGGUGACUUUGUAAAAACAGGGGAUUUUCAGUAUGGCAAGCGUGUCUACAGGAAAAUUCACAGUAGAGACCGUCCAAUCCCUUCUACUGUAGUCUGCAUUGCAGAGGAGGACGAUGAAUUGGAGCCCUUGAAGAGCAAAGACGACGAAGAGCGUCGCAUAGCGGAGAUGGGACGGCCGACACUGGGGGAGCAUGUCAAACUAGAAGUGAUCAUCGAAGAAUCAUAUGAAUUCAAGAGCACUGUGGAUAAACUGAUCAAGAAGACUAACCUCGCCCUUCUGGUCAAGACUAACAGCUGGAGAGACCAGUUUAUUGAAGCUAUCACAGUUAGUGCUGGUGAGGAUGAGGAUGACGACGAAUGUGGCGAGGAGAAACUCCCUUCCUGCUUUGAUUACGUCAUGCACUUCCUGACUGUGUUCUGGAAAGUUCUGUUUGCAGUGGUCCCCCCAACAGAGUACUGGAAUGGCUGGGCUUGCUUCAUUGUGUCCAUCUGCAUGAUUGGUCUCCUGACAGCUUUUAUUGGGGAUCUGGCCUCCCAUUUUGGCUGCACCAUUGGUCUGAAGGAUUCUGUGACUGCCGUUGUGUUUGUUGCACUGGGAACAUCUGUACCAGACACUUUUGCCAGUAAAGUAGCUGCCACCCAAGACCAGUACGCUGAUGCCUCCAUCGGCAACGUCACUGGCAGCAAUGCUGUGAAUGUGUUCCUGGGGAUUGGCGUCGCCUGGUCUAUUGCUGCCAUCUACCAUAACUCCCAAGGAAGGGACUUCAGAGUGGACCCCGGCACCCUGGCUUUCUCCGUCACCCUCUUCACCAUUUUUGCUUUCAUUUGCGUCGGGGUGCUGAUGUACCGACGGAGACCUGAGAUCGGGGGGGAGCUGGGUGGCCCUCGGACUCCUAAGAUCCUCACCUCAUUACUUUUUGUCAGCCUUUGGCUCUUGUACAUUCUUUUCUCAUCUCUAGAGGCUUACUGCCAUGUAAAGGGCUUCUAAAGAACAGUGGAAGUUUCGACAGGAAGCAGAAACAACAACAGCAAAACAGUAAUAUGUAUUUUUUGUUUGUUUUUUUGUUUCUCUCACGCUGAUUGGAAUGCAACUUUUAAAGGGGGAAUUCUCUUUAUUAGUUUUGGAAAGACCUCAAAAGGAUGUCACUCAUGGGUAGAGGUUCAAAUAAACUCAUCUUCAUGAAAUCCCUAUUGAGAGACCAUGUUUUAUAGAAGUGGCACUUCGAGGCCAAGGAUGGCUAGAAGACCAUUGAAAUGUAAUUACUAUGGUUUCACAAAUAAGGACAAGUAAAAAAUAACAGAUCUACAGAAGGAAACAAAAUGAUUAUUGGAUUCCCUGCCCACAGGGUAUUGCAUAUAAAAGUAUGGAUGCCCAAGCCACCACUAUUGUGUGGAGAUGCAGAAUUAAACACUAUCAUCCUUAGGCUUUCUUGCUUUCAGUAUGCCACAGUGAUAAGUGUGGUGCUUACUGUGUUAAGUGGGUGGAAAACCCACUAAGAACCACAGAUGCUGCUGACAACCCUACAGUUUUGAAUACAUUGCUUCAUCAUUGGUUUGAGUGGUUUAGUUACAGUUAAUCAAAACAGCUUUUGUAGAUCAGUUGUUUAAAAACAAAAAACAAACAAAACAAGAAAAUGCUGUUCCACCAAAAGAAAAGGUUUUAAUGUUCUUGUUGCAUUACUGUGUUUCUUUCUUUCUCAUCCUCCACCAUGAAGUACAGCAGCCAGGUUACCUGCUACUAAUAUAGCCAGCCUGCCCAUGAAACCAUAUAACAUGCCACUGAUACAACACUUUUAAGACACUCUAUAAAUACACCAUCAAAUAGAUACCACCCAGUCUUUACAUUUAUUUAGAUUUUUUUUGGUUUAAUUUGCUGGUAUUAUGACAUUUAUUUUACAUACAAAGGAUGGGGCAAAACUGAGUGCUAUAGGUGCAAUAACACUAGUUCAUUCAAUGAGGGAGAUGCUCAAACCAAUGGUUGAGGACACAUUGCAGUGACUUUGGUGUCUGGAAUGAGUUCAACCAUUGUGCUUGAUUUCAAGUUGACAUGAGUCUGUGGCAGUCAGUCUACACAGAGAAAGUAAUAGUUUAAAUAAAAUAUUGUAACCUUGUUGGCAUUUGAUAGGACAUCUAUGUACUAUUGUGCCCAAUAUUUGCCCCAUCCUAUAUAUAUAUAGAGAGAGAGAGAGAGAGCGAGAGAGCGAGAGAGAGAGAGAGAACAAUGGGUAAUCGUGAAAUAUGCAAAUGUCAGCUUUACAAGAGCCAAUCAAAUUGAUUUGAUCACAUUUGCGUAUUUCCUGAUUACCAAUUGUUUUCUAUUCAUUGCUUUCAUUCCCCUUAACC